AUGGAAGGUCGCAAGCCGCCCGAGUUCGGUAUCGAACUGUCUGCAGAUCGACAGAACGUCAAAGAAGUGGUCAAAGGGAUCAUGCACACCAUCUUCUUCCAUCGCCUCUUCACACCUCUCGAGCCUGCCAACUACGAUGUCCUAGAUGUGACAGUACCCUACGUCGACGACAAGGAACUGAUUCAACUGCUCGAGACAAGAUCCACCACCCUCCUCCGAGCUCUUGAUUCGGGCUCAACCACACUGUCGCCGCAAUACAACCCAAAAAGCAGUGGAGCCGCACGCAGCACUCUCGUGAUCCAGUUCCUCGAACGCAAACGCCGCAAGGGCUGGUUCAUCUCAAAAGCAGACGAAGAAACGAUCUGGGAAAGCUGGAUACUCGAAGUCAAUCUGACGAGCGCUAGAAGUGAGCCAGAGGCCGAGUGGAAUCGCAGAGUAAUGGAGAACAGUCUGCAAGAUGCUGUGAUGAAAGUGAUCACAACGGCGAACAAGGAGAAGAAUCACAUCCCUCCCAUCACGACGAACGAUUCGAAUGCUUUCCCGUAUCAGAUCCUGGUCAAUCCGAAGGCGUGA